CGCACUUGACAGCCUGCUGCGGGCGCCGCGUCAGCUGAUCUGGGAGUCGCGUUGUGUGCGGGCUGUCCGGUCCCGCCGCAGCCAUGUCGUUCUUUCCGGAGCUUUACUUUAAUGUGGACAAUGGCUACUUGGAGGGAUUGGUUCGCGGCCUGAAGGCCGGGGUGCUCAGCCAGGCGGACUACCUUAACCUGGUGCAGUGUGAGACGCUCGAGGACUUGAAGCUACACCUACAGAGUACCGACUAUGGCAACUUCCUGGCCAAUGAGGCCUCACCUCUGACAGUGUCAGUCAUUGAUGACAGGCUCAAGGAGAAGAUGGUAGUAGAGUUCCGCCACAUGAGGAACCAUGCCUAUGAACCCCUUGCCAGCUUCCUGGACUUCAUUACUUACAGCUACAUGAUCGACAACGUGAUCCUGCUCAUCACAGGCACAUUGCACCAGCGCUCCAUUGCUGAGCUUGUGCCCAAGUGUCACCCACUAGGCAGCUUUGAGCAGAUGGAGGCUGUGAACAUCGCGCAAACACCUGCAGAGCUCUACAAUGCCAUUCUGGUGGACACACCCCUGGCGGCUUUUUUCCAGGACUGUAUCUCAGAACAGGACCUUGAUGAGAUGAAUAUCGAGAUCAUCCGCAAUACACUCUACAAGGCCUACCUUGAGUCCUUCUACAAGUUCUGUACCCUUCUGGGCGGGACCACAGCUGAUGCCAUGUGCCCGAUCCUGGAGUUUGAAGCAGACCGCCGCGCCUUCAUCAUCACCAUCAACUCUUUCGGCACAGAGCUAUCCAAGGAGGACCGUGCCAAGCUCUUCCCACACUGCGGGCGCCUCUAUCCUGAGGGCUUGGCUCAGCUGGCUCGAGCUGAUGACUAUGAGCAGGUCAAGAACGUGGCUGAUUACUACCCGGAAUAUAAGCUGCUCUUUGAGGGUGCAGGCAGCAACCCUGGAGACAAGACCCUGGAGGACCGAUUCUUUGAGCAUGAGGUGAAGCUCAACAAGUUGGCCUUCCUGAACCAGUUCCAUUUUGGUGUCUUCUAUGCCUUUGUGAAGCUCAAAGAGCAGGAAUGUCGCAAUAUUGUGUGGAUUGCUGAGUGCAUCGCCCAGCGCCACCGCGCCAAGAUCGACAACUAUAUCCCCAUCUUCUAGCAUCUUGAUCCAAAGCUCCCAAGUGUGUGUCUGUAUGUGCUGUGAUGAAGCCCAUGGCUCACCUGCCUGCCCUGUGGGGUAGCACAUUGCCUGAGAAGCUGCCCAUCUUCUCUGACCCCCCCUCUGAGACUGCUGUUGGGCCUGAAGAGGGGCUGGGCACCACUUCUCUGACCAAGAAUGGACCAAGACCCCUUCCAGAGCAAUGAGCGCCCUCCCCAGCCCUAUGUUUACAGCCACUGACAUGUCUGAGAAGCAUGUGGUCACUUUCACAUCCCUCUCUAACCUGAGAACCCCUUAGGGGCAGUGUGAGCCUCCUCUCUCCUCUGUGGGUCACCCCAGAGCCAUGGCCCAUGGGAAGAAUAGAGUAUAUGUAUCCUUAGAGCAUGGGGGAAGUAGCUUUGCAGCCCCCUCCCUCAGCUCUGCACCUCUGAAACAAUAAAAUUGCCCUCUCUAAA